AUGAAAGGUAAAUGCAUCCAAAAUCAGAGAUGCAAGUAUUUGAAAGAAAUGAAUGGUAAGCAGCAAGAGGGGCAAAGUGGGGUGGGGUCAGAAUUAGGGCAUGUUAAAAGGUGGGAUAACCCUUUCCUCUCCUGCCACAGUCCUGAUGAAAAUCCAUGUAUGCGCUCACACAGACACACACACACACCUGUAAACUGCUAUCAGCCCUGGGAUAGAAGUUCCCCACAGACUUGGAGCUUUGAAGGCGCCAUUGCUGGGACCACAGCAAGGGAGGAAAAGGUUAAACCACCUCUCUCCAUGGUCCUGAUUGAAAUCCUCCCCCUCCUAUUGUGCCUGCUUUUCACCAUUUUACUAACAUGCAUGCAAGUGCAAAUCACACGCCUACUGUUUUGGUUUGGCCCUCCAUUGUAUUUAAAGGACGGACAGACCUGCUGA